CGCGGAGACGCGCGCGCGCCUCCCCGCGCGAACGCCGCCGUCGAACGACCGCUCGAUCGCGCGCGCGAGUAGGAGAGAGACCCUCUGCGCGGAGGAGACGUGGAAGAAAAACACAAAUGGGCGGAGCAGGACGCGAGAUGGUCGCGACGCAGAAGGACAUGCAGGACGCGAAGAUCGACCUCGCGCACCGCGAUUUCUGCGCGCACCUGCUCAUCCCCCUGAACGAGUGCCGCAAGGCGGAGUAUUACAUACCGUGGAAGUGCGGCCACGAGAGGCACGCGUACGAGAAGUGCCAGUACAAAGAGUACAUGAUGCGCGUCGCGCAGCAGAAAGCGGCGAAAGGUGCCGCGCACUGACGGCGGGGACUCGAGAGCGAGCGAGCCAGGGCCUCCGAGGCGGGCUGAUGAAAUUUAUAUGAGAAUC